UCCAUUGUGAACAAUUUUGAGGAUAUCCUCAGAAAAUUUUUACCAAUAUACUGGCUUGUAUAUGAAUACUUCUUAAAUUUAUACUGAGACAUUCAUCCUGCACUAGAUGUUUGUCUUUUUCCUUAGUUAUACCUUGGAGAUCUGUCCAUAUUUUAUUUACUUACUCCUUUAUUUUAGAGCAUGAGAGAGAGGGAGAGAGAGAAUCUUCCAUGGAGCCAGUCGUGGGGCUCAGUCUCAUUACCAUGAGAUCAUGACUUGAGACAAAGUCAAGAGUCAGAUGCUUAACCAACUGAGCCACCCAGGCGCCCCUGAAGAUCUGUGCAUAUUGAUGCGGAUCUGCCUUAUUCUUUUGAAAAGCUGUGCAGUUCUACCUUGUAUGGAUGAGCAUUAUUUAUUUAACCAAUUCCUUACUGGUAGACAGGUGGUUUUGCAUGGUAAGAGUCAGUAAUUUGGUGAAUAGCCUUUUUUGCCUUUGAGUGAGAAUGUCUCUUGAAUAAACUAGCCAUGGAAUCACUAGGUGAAAGUGAAUAUGUACUCAGACAUUGGUAGAUACUGCUAAAUACCCCUACAAAAUGAAUACUCUGCUAAUUUAGACUCCCCAGGACUGUACUGAGGGACAUGUUUGCCCACGUGAAGGUUUGUUUUGUGGUAGGUUAAAGAUUAUUUAUUUGCAUUUCUUUGAUCUUGAAUGAGGUUAAAUAUGUUCUUUAACUGUGGUCUGCUUGUUCACAAACUCUUGCAAAUUGGGUCUCUGACUCAUUUGAAGCCUGUACAAAUGUGGCCUUUUGGCUGGUCCAAUGUUUUCAGUUACUAUUUAGUAAAUUGAUCUUCCUCUCCUUUAAAAAAAUAAAAUAACUUUUGUGCUUCUUGAUUUAUUUAGAAAGGGCUUUCCCAUGCCAAGAUUAUGGAAAAAAAUUUCACUUAGGACUUCUAGUGCUUUGUGGUUUUCAUUUUUUUCAGUCUUGGUGCAUCUGGAGGGAUGCUACAGGAUAUCAUUCUUUUUCUCCCAAAUGGUUUGGAAAAUAUCGGAAAUCACUUCUUUUCUUUUCUUUUCCUUUCUUUUCAAGUGAUUUUAUUGGUGAAAUUUGUUUUGUUUGAUUUUUUUUAUGGUUUUUUUUUUUUUUUAAGAGAGAGCGCACAUGCACACUAGAGAGUGGGGGGAGGGGCAGAGAGAGAGGAGGAUAAGAGGAUCCAAAGCGGGGCUCGAUUUCACUAAUGGUGAGAUCAUGACCUGAGCUGAGGUCUUAACUAACUGAGCUACCCAGGCAACCCAAUCAUUUUAUUUUCUUUACCAAUUUGAAAUGACACCAUUUAAAAAAAUAUAGUGAAUUCCCACAUAUGGUUCUGCAUGGUCUGUUUUGGAAGACAGUGCUAUAUAAUUAGGAAUUCUCAGACAAGUAUUUCAUGCCUGAGAUAAAAAUAAGGACUCAUCUGUGGGAGUUUGUAUUUUGACAUAUUAGGAGUUUAUCGUCUUAAAGAAUAUAGGCAUACUAUAGAGACGUACACCAAAAUAUGCUUAUAUUCUAGUACACGGUAAUAUAUCCUUUUAUCUGUUAAAAAUUAAAACUCUUUCAUUUCAUUUCUUUGUUCUAACACAGUAAAUCUACUAAAGGAGGUAUCGAGUUAUCUAAUGCAUAUCUUAAAGGCUUUGGUCCAAGAUGAUUGCAACAGAAUUUUGAGAUGAAUGAUUGAUACAGUGUUAACUGUGUGGAAAAGUUUGCUAUCCAGAAUAAUUCUUUUAAAGACUAAAAUAGCUUUACUAUAUUAACUAUUUUAAAUGACUUAUAUAAAGCCAAAAUCACUUUUCUAAUUUAGAAAAGUACAUGAAACACCCACCAACUCCAUCCACCUAUUUACGAAAAUUAAAAAGCACAUGAAAAUGUACAUUUUUAAUAAGUUUGUAAAAUUUGUAUUUGGAAAUGUAAAAGCUUCUCAGAAUGGAUAUGUUUAGGAAGGAGGUUCAUAUUUUAAAAACCAACCAAGGCUGAUAGUGGAUGUCUGGAGAGAUACAGAGUAUCUUUGGUACGUUUCAGGAUUUCCUCCUGCAGUCCUUCCUUUGCUGGCCUGCCCUGAGCCUGUUUGUGAUUGGCACAAUGGAAGAAGCUGGAAUGUGUGGGUUAGGGGUAAAAGCAGACAUGUUGCGCAACUCUCAAUCAAAUGAUAUUCUUCAACAUCAAGACUCAAAUUGUGGUGGUACGAGUAACAAGCAUUCAUUGGAAGAGGAUGAAGGCAGUGAUUUUAUUACAAGGAACAGGAGUUUGAUGAGCCCAGCAUACUGUACACAAGAAUCGAGGGAGGAAAUUCCUGGGCGAGAGGCUCGAACAGAUCCCCCUGACGGUCAGCAAGAUUCAGAAUGCAACAGAAACAAAGAGAAAACAUUAGGAAAAGAAGUUUUAUUAUUGAUGCAAGCCCUAAACACCCUUUCAACUCCAGAAGAGAAACUGGCAGCUCUCUGUAAGAAAUAUGCUGAUCUUCUGGAGGAAAGCAGGAAUGUUCAGAAGCAAAUGAAGAUUUUGCAGAAGAAACAAGCCCAGAUCGUGAAAGAGAAAGUUCAUUUGCAGAGUGAGCACAGCAAGGCUAUCUUGGCAAGAAGCAAACUAGAGUCUCUUUGCCGGGAACUUCAGCGUCACAAUAAGACAUUAAAGGAAGAAAACAUGCAGCAGGCACGAGAGGAGGAAGAAAGACGUAAGGAAGCCACCGCACACUUCCAAAUUACUUUAAAUGAAAUCCAAGCACAGCUUGAACAACAUGACAUACACAACGCCAAGCUCCGCCAGGAAAACAUCGAACUGGGAGAGAAGCUUAAGAAGCUCAUUGAACAGUAUGCACUGAGAGAGGAGCAUAUUGAUAAAGUGUUCAAACAUAAGGAGUUACAGCAGCAGCUUGUGGAUGCCAAGCUUCAGCAGACGACACAGCUAAUAAAAGAAGCUGAUGAAAAACAUCAAAGAGAGAGAGAGUUUUUAUUAAAAGAAGCAACAGAAUCAAGGCACAAAUAUGAACAAAUGAAACAGCAAGAAGUACAACUAAAACAGCAGCUUUCUCUUUAUAUGGAUAAGUUUGAAGAAUUCCAGACUACCAUGGCAAAAAGCAAUGAACUGUUUACAACCUUCCGGCAGGAGAUGGAAAAGAUGACAAAGAAAAUUAAAAAACUGGAAAAAGAAACAAUAAUAUGGCGCACCAAAUGGGAAAACAACAACAAAGCGCUUCUGCAAAUGGCUGAAGAGAAAACUGUCCGUGAUAAAGAGUACAAGGCCUUUCAGAUAAAACUGGACCGGUUAGAGAAGCUGUGCAGGGCUCUUCAAACGGAACGGAACGAGCUCAACGAGAAGGUGGAAGUCUUGAAGGAGCAGGUCUCGGGGAGGGCUGCAGGUGCGGACCUAGCACUGCCUGGGACGCGGCCCUGCGCUGCCCCGGUGUCCCCCAAGGAGCCGAACACUGCUUCUGCAAGCGCCCCGGGAGUCUCCCCAGAGGCCGCGCCCAAGGCGGCGAAGGAGAGAACGGCCGUGUCCGCCGGGCCAGGUAUCGAGUCCGUCGACUGAAAUGAAGUAUGAUCACUGUAUCGAGAGCUAUAUUUUGUGUAUAACUUUCUGUUAGUAGUAACUAUUGGUUUUGUGGUGAAAAUUUUCUUACUUUUUCUACCAUAUCUGUAUUUUCUUAGAACUACUGGACUUACAUGGUACAGGAGGCUGCUUAGCAGUUUUGAAUAGUUUUCCUUCGAUACGUUUUCCUCAGCCGUGUUGCACAUCUGCCUCAUUUCCCUCCAUUGGAACGCAUGUGACCAUUGCUUUGUCCUAUCUUCCCUAUUCCUUGCACAGAAUUACUCUCAUUUCACUCGAGAUGGGACCGAUCAUUACAAGGGAACUUUGUUCUGAUAAUGGUUCCUUGGUGUGAAAACCAUAUUCAUUUAAACAUCCUGGCCCCCCGAUUAAUAUUACUCAAAAAGAAAUCAAGACGAUUAGCUUUGUCUUAACGGUCCAUUUAAAUGCCAAGUAAAAAUAAAGUAGGGUUGGGUCAGAAACCAGCAUAGCAUCUUUGAUUCAGAUUAGCUUUUUGAUAAUAUUUAUAUCACUUGACAAAUUGACCUGGCUGCAAGCCUCAAAUUAUUCAAAGUUUCGGCAGAUUAUGUACAUAAAGGGGUCACUUUUAAAAUAGUAUAUACAGGCAAAUCAUCGGACAAACAGGCUUAAUCUUGUGACUAAAAACAAUCCUACUGCUUCGGUUUCAGGUUAGAACUAGAACCAGUGUUUGAACUUGGACCACCUAGACACUUGGACCGCCGUGGAAUAUGGUCGUUUGUUGGCUUUGUUUGGGAUUUGGGUGCACAUCCUCCACUUCCCGCAGAAAGCAGCCACUGGUAGUUGUCAUUUUAAGCCGGGGAGGGUUCAAUUCGCGUGUAGCUUUCAUCAAGCGGAAGCCCCUCCUCUGCUGCCUUCUGGCUACUUGAAAUUUGGUGUUCAGCUAGUUGCGUGAAUCCCAACAGCAGUUCUCCAGGUUUUUAAAAAGGGAAUUUUAAUUGUGGAUCAUGCUGACCGAAACAUUUUAUUUCCAAAACAGAAAAGACUGGAACUCACAUUUUUAACUGUGGGAAGACUUGGCAGAGAGUUUUAAGUAGUCAGGAUCCAUUACUUAGGCUUUUGGUGUGUGGCUCUACCACCCCCUUUUCUUACUGUCUUUUAAGAGAAAAGCCAGUAUUAAUUAAUCUAGGUCUCUGCAACUGGCUUGGACUGGGGGAACUUGCCCUCUGAAGCAUGUCACUUCUGAAUUUGUUCGGCUUUCCUUUGUUCUUAAUCAUGUUGAGUGUGGCUGAGUUAUGCAAAUGAGAGGUCAGGUCGCACCGUGAAAGCUUGGACUUUGCUCUGAUUUGCAUUGAAAAUACUUUAUGAAAUAAAAAGGCUCUACUAGAAUGGAUGCUCUAAGCACAUUCCACUGAGCACAACUAUCAAACUGAAAUUGCUCACUGGACUGAAUGAAGUUUGUUCUGUCUAGUUAAAAAGGUUUUCUCUUUAAAAUUGUAAAGUCCUGUCACAGUCCUAGUCUAAACUGGGUUCAGAGAAUCGAAAGUUGUCUAAAGGAAGCUUCCACCCUCGGUCAUACGAAAUCAAGGGGUCAGACAGCGGAGAAAAAGAAAAGCACAGAGCACAUUCUGUCAUUACUGUCAAAAGGAGUCGGAAGCAAAAACAAAUACCCCUCCUCCAACGGCCUCUUCUUAUAAAUACUCCUUUCUGCUACUAGAUGAAAUGUUGGACUCGUUUCCCCUAGAGGAAAUGAAGGUAUAUAUCAAAUAUAAUCUACUUUGAAAUUAGUACUAAUGAUGUUUCACAAGAACUCUGCUGGAUGUACAGCUCUUACUGUUGAAGCCAUUUGUGUAGCCCACCACGUUUCUUUGUGGUGCUUGUCCUGUGUGGAAGAUGUAAAUCUUGGACCUGUUGCAUAUUUUCAAGGGCUUUAUAAAGCAAUGUGAUUAACAGUACUUGGCCUGCUGCUUUUGGCUUACUAUGUAUUUGUAGCUAGAUGCGAUCACGGUAUUUCAGGGAGGUAGAUUCUGCUUGGGAUGCACUAGGUGUCCUUUCAGAAUCUUGCCCCCUCCCCCCCCACCCUGUGAAUCAAAACAAAUGGGACCCUCUGAGGAGAUCUCCUCCCCACCCCCAAGCUGUCACCUCACCAGCUCAGUGUUGUGGCUUUGUAGCACACCCUGUGUCCACCAUAUUCUAGAACACUGUAAUGCUCUUAGGCUGGUCCAGAAAAGGUUUAAGUGUCGAAUUCACUUCAGUUGCAUCUGUUGCACCAUCCUGGGAUCUUGCUGUGUAUUAUUUCUAGUGGCGGUAGACUCCAAGGAGUAGAGAAUACUUGGAUCAUGGACCAUUUCACCCUCAGACUUGUUAGGAGUACAUUUCUUAGUCUUGAGACCAGUGUUUUUUUAGUUAUGUAUGCAACUGCCUUUAUUACACCUGGUUAUCACAAUUCAAUUCUCAGGUGUUGCAGAAAAAUCUACCUCUUUCAGACUGUAGAUGGAAAUAACUGUGAAAAAAAAAGAUGCAGAGAUCUUCUAGUUUGUGCUAAACACACUGCUUUAUUUUUUACAGCCCACGUCUUUCAUGAGGAUACGAAUUGUUCAGAGGCAGUCUUGUUUUGCUUUUCAAAGACAUUUUGUAGAGAUUUUUCACUAAUGUGAAUCUGAUUUUAUCUACUCGAUUCUGUAUAGAUGAAGUAAAUAUGUAUGAUAAAUUUAA